AUAGGUAAUACUCCAAUGGUUUUUCUGAACAGUGUUGUGGAUGGUUGCGUGGCCCGUAUCGCUGCAAAGCUCGAGAUGAUGGAGCCUUGCUCUAGUGUCAAAGACCGAAUCGGGUAUAGUAUGAUCAAAGAUGCAGAAGAGAAGGGAUUGAUUACACCAGGGAAGAGCACACUGAUUGAGGUAACUGCGGGCAAUACCGGUAUUGGCUUAGCCUUCAUUGGAGCAGCGAGAGGUUACAAAGUGGUUCUCAUUAUGCCUGCAACAAUGAGCCUCGAGAGAAAAAUUGUUCUCAGAGCAUUAGGUGCAGAAAUUAUCCUCGUAGACCCAAGCAAAGGCCUUAAAGGAUGGAUCGAGAAGGCUGAAGAGGUAUUAAGCAAAACCCCGGAUGGUUACUUCAUGCAGCAAUUUAAAAAUUCUGCAAACCCAGAUAUUCAUUAUCAAACUACAGGUCCAGAGAUCUGGAGAGACUCUGCAGGGAGGGUAGAUAUAUUGGUUGCGGGUUCUGGUACUGGUGGAACGAUUUCUGCUGCAGGGAAGUUCCUCAAGGAGAAGAACAAUGACAUUAAAGUUUGCGCCGUUGAACCUGCAGAAAGUCCGGUGCUCAGUGGAGGGGAACCGGGUCGGCAUCUGAUUCCAGGUAUCCGGCCCGAUAUCAUCCCAGAUGCUCUGGAUGUCAGCCUUCUUGAUGAAAUCAUCCAAGUAUCAAGCGAGGAGGCCAUGGAAACAGCUCGGCUUCUCGCUCUGAAAGAAGGAUUGCUAGUUGGAAUAUCAUCUGGGGCAGCCGCCGCCGCUGCGUUGAGGAUUGCGAAGCGGCCAGAAAACACCGGAAAACUCGUCGUGGUGGUUUUUCCAAGUGGUGGAGAGAGAUAUUUGUCGACUCAAUUGUUCGAUUCAAUCAGGCAUGCAGCCGAGAACUUGCCAAUCGAAUAAGACUAGUUCUGCUUAGCCCGUUUC